GUCAGAACUCUAUCUCGGGACACCGAAGAUCCCGCGAGACAUGCGUUCGUUUUGACUCGCCCCUCGCUCGGUUGAUCGUGUUAACGAGAGCACAUUCGUAGAAUUAGUGAGAUGUGGAAGCUGCUGUGGACUGCCACCCUAGUGGCAGUACUCUCCACGUGCAAUGCUAAGCAUAUUGAAAGGGAUAAACGAGCGAUAGAGAAUUAUCCAAUACCCCAAAGAGCAUUCGAUGGAUAUCAUUACGAGACGCCGAGCAAGCCUUUCACUUUACCUCCUAGUAGAGAUACUACAACGAAAGUGACCAUCCAAACACGACCUAUUCCUUCGACGUUUCCGCCGAGGACAAAACCACCAUAUUCGUAUUCAACUCCAGAAGAACCACUAACUUUCCCACCUACACCGAGGGUGACGACCAAACCGCCACUUGUUCCUUCGACGUUACCGCCGAGGACAAAACCACCAUACUCGUAUCCAACUCCGGAAGAACCACUAACUUUUCCACCUACACCGAGGGUGACGACCAAACCGCCACUUGUUCCUUCGACGUUACCGCCAAGGACAAAACCACCAUACUCGUAUCCAACUCCGGAAGAACCACUCACCUUUCCACCUACACCGAGGGUAACAACUAAACCACCAAUUCAUCCAACGACACCCCAUCCAGGAUAUCCACAAUCAACACCAACGAUCCCUUUCCCAUUACCACCGAGCCCACCAACUAGACCACCGUACCAACCUCCACAAACACCAGCCAGACCACCAUAUCAACCACCGCAAACACCAUCCAUACCAACAUAUCAACCACCGCAGACUCCAACCAGACCACCGUAUCAACCACCACAGACACCAUCCAAACCUCCAUACCAACCUCCGCAGACGCCAUCCAUACCACCAUAUCAACCACCGCAGACUCCACCCAGACCUCCAUAUCAACCACCGCAAACACCAUCCAUACCACCAUAUCAACCUCCACAGACUCCAACCAGACCACCGUAUCAACCCCCACAAACACCAUCCAUACCGCCAUAUCAACCUCCACAAACUCCAACGAGACCACCAUAUCAGCCUCCACAGACGCCUUCCAGACCACCAUAUCAACCCCCACAGACUCCAACCAGACCACCAUAUCAACCUCCACAGACUCCAACCAAACCACCAUAUCAACCUCCACAGACUCCAACCAAACCACCAUAUCAACCACCACAGACUCCACCCAGACCUCCAUAUCAACCACCACAGACACCAGCCAGACCACCGUACGAAACAACACCACAUCCAGGAUAUUCUAAAUCGACGCCAAAAAUCCCUUUCCCAUUGCCACCCAAAACAUCGAGACCACCUUAUCCUACACCAGAAGAACCAAUUACAAGACCACCAACUAGACCACCUACGCAACCUCCAACUAAACCGUCCUAUCUUCCUCCAACAUUACAACCUUCUACAAAACCACCUCCAUAUCAACCACCAACGCAACCUCCUACAAGACAACCUCCAUACCAACCACCAACGCAGCCACCUACGAGGCCACCUCCAUAUCAACCACCAACACAACCCCCUACAAGACCACCUCCAUAUCAACCACCAACUCAACCACCUACCAGACCACCUCCAUAUCAACCACCAACACAACCUCCUACAAGACCACCUCCAUACCAACCACCAACGCAGCCUCCUACACGACAACCUCCAUAUCAACCUCCAACGCAACCUCCUACAAGGCCACCUCCAUAUCAACCACCGACACAGCCUCCUACAAGACAACCUCCAUAUCAACCACCAACACAGCCUCCUACAAGACAACCUCCAUACCAGCCACCAACGCAGCCUCCUACAAGACAACCCCCAUAUCAACCACCAACGCAGCCUCCUACUAGACCAACCUAUUUACCUCCCCCCUCACAACCUACUAGACCACCUCCAUAUCAACCUCCAACAUUGCCUCCUACAAGACAACCUCCAUAUCAACCACCAACUCAGCCUCCUACAAGACAACCUCCAUAUCAACCACCAACACAGCCUCCUACAAGACCACCUCCAUAUCAACCACCGACGCAACCUCCUACAAGACAACCUCCAUAUCAACCACCAACACAGCCUCCUACAAGACCACCUCCAUAUCAACCACCGACGCAACCUCCUACUAGACCACCUCCAUAUCAACCACCAACGCAACCUCCUACAAGGCCACCUCCUUACCAACCACCAACACAGCCUCCUACAAGACAACCUCCGUACCAACCACCAACACUGCCGCCUACAAGGCCACCUCCAUAUCAACCACCAACGCAGCCUCCUACUAAGCCCACCUAUUUACCUCCACCAACGCAACCUACUAGACCACCUCCAUAUCAACCACCAACGUUGCCUCCUACAAGACAACCUCCAUAUCAACCACCAACGUUGCCUCCUACAAGACAACCUCCAUAUCAACCACCAACGCAGCCUCCUACAAGACCACCUCCAUAUCAACCACCGACGCAACCUCCUACUAGACCACCUCCAUAUCAACCACCAACAUUGCCUCCUACAAGGCCACCACCAUAUCAACCUCCAACACAGCCUCCUACAAGACAACCUCCUUAUCAACCUCCAACGCAGCCUCCUACACGACAACCCCCAUAUCAACCUCCAACACAACCUCCCACAAGACCACCUCCAUAUCAACCACCAACGCAACCUCCUACCAGACAACCUCCAUACCAACCACCAACUCAACCUCCUACUAAGCCAACCUAUCUACCUCCAACAUCACGACCUACCAUACCUACUAGACCACCAACGAAAUCUUCUUACAAACCACCGACCUAUCUUCCACCAGAAACUACCACCAGUCGUCCAACCUCAACUACUCAAUUUACAACAAGAUUCACAACAAGGCCAACAGUUACAACUUUCUCUACUAUCAAAACAACAUCUCACAUACGUACCACCCAACCCACAUCCUAUCUUCCACCGGAAAGAACUACGAGACCAACGAUAACGUCAUCUCAUAUCUUUGAAACGACAACCCCAUACGUUUCAAUUAAAACAACGCCAAAAACAAAGCCAACGACGAGGCCCACUUAUCUUCCACCAGAUAUAACGGAAACCACUAGGACCACUGUGUCUCACACGACACCUUCCUAUGGUACACCUAGCCAAUCACCGCCAACUUCAUCCGUUUCAACGAGAGGCACGACGCCUGGUAGUAAGCCUCCUCCUUAUCUGCCACCAUCUUCCCCAAGGCCGACUUAUAUCACUGUAACUCCACCUCCUUAUCCUACACCGAUUUACAGCAUAACGCCUAGCACAACAACGUACAAAACCCCAACGGGAAGUCCAGGACCUACUCCUACCCUACCACCAGUGACCUACAGAACAACAGGUUACAAUUAUCCGAUUCCAGAUAUCCCCUUUGAUUUUCGUAAGCGAUGAUCAAAAUUGAAAUUCGCGUGCGAUUUAGUCUGAACUAAAUGCGACGAACUAAAGAAAUUUUUCUAUAAUUUUCUUUUUUGUUUGCCUUCCUUUUAUUUUUAUACAUUUGUAUGUAACACGAAAUUAAACGUUAAUCGCCGUUAAUUUAAGGAAUCGCGCAGUCAGCGAAGUUUUUUUUUUCUUCGCAUAAAAUAAAUUUAUAGGAAUAUUGUCGAGUUACCAUCCUUAUUACAUGUUAGAAUUUAGAAGAAAUUUAAGCGGUAUAUAGAGCGUAAUGAUUUGUAAAAAGCUAAUAAAUGUUUUUCUUUCUUUUUC